UCCACUCCUGCAUUUCCAAGUUCCGACCCAUUAUAUUCGGGUACGGGUAACAUUUGGCGCCAACCCAGCCCAUCAUCUCUCAAAAUACUCACUACAACAAAAAGAUGAUUAUCCAUUCACAAACGAGAUAAGAAGCUGAAGAAACCAUACUCAAAAUUUCACUCAAAGGGAGGACAGAAGGCUUUCCUCCAUGGCUGCUUUGAGCUUUGGCAUUGCUCCUUUACGCUCUUUCACUCAUUCUUUUUUUGUUAAAACUUCAAGACCAAGAAUUUCUUGUGUUUGGGAUCCAGAAGGAUUAUUCAAAACACCGCCACAAACAGGGCAUAUAGCAAGGUUAGAAUUCAAGAAACGAAUUGAGAAAGAUUCUGAAGCCAAAGAAGCUUAUGAAAGACAUUUGAGGGAAGAAAAAGAUCGUCGUGAAGCUAUCCGUCAGUCUCGGGUGAUACCAGAUACAGAUACAGAGUUGAUAGAAUAUUUUCUUGAUACCGAGGCUCAAGAGAUUGAAUUUGAGAUUGCUAGACUGAGGCCAAGAUUGAAUGAAGGAUUUUUCAAACAAUUGCAAUCUGAAUUGGGGCAACUUCGCUUUGCUAUGGCAAAAACCGAGGAAAUGGAAGACAGGAUAUUCGAACUGGAGACACUGCAAAAGGCCCUUUUAGAAGGAACUGAAGCAUAUGACAAAUUGCAGAAUGACCUUGUAAAAGCAAAGCAAAGUCUUGCCAAGAUCUUCACUUCGAAGGAUGUAAAUGUAACUUUAUUGGAGAUGGUUGAGCAGAAUGAGCUGAACAUGUCAUUGGUGACACUUCUUGACGAGAAUAUAGCAAGUGCACAUAGGAGUAAUCAGAAGCAAGCUGCAGAAUACAUGGAGAAGCUCCGUACGUCUGUGGUCAAAUAUGUAACAGUUUAGUAUAUAAUCUCAAUUUUAUGUUUUCAUCUUUCUCCUUUCUUUCAACCUUAUGAUUACAGCUGAGAUUUGUAAAUUCAAUUUUUGCGCAAAAAUAAAUGUUAAUGUUAAUGAUAGUGAUGAUAUUCAAGAGCUUUCUGAUUUUAGUGGUACUGAAAAACUAAUAACUUGCAUUUAUUAUCGGUCACAAUAAUACAAUGAUCUUAUUUUGCUA